UAGAAACAGCCAUAAAUACAAAUGAGAAAACGCCCAGCUUCUCUUCUUCUUGCCUGAUCUAACCAUUUCAACUCCAUCGCGGGAAUCUCUGAGCUCUCUCUCUUUCUCUCUCUCUCUCUCUUCCAGACAUAGCCACCGGAAACAAUGGCGUCGUCGACGGCUAAGAUUACGUUUCGUGUUAUCAUGGUGGUGAUCCUCCUCCUCGUCUUGUUCUAUGUCGGUCGUCCUCUGUACUGGAAGAUUUCCGCUACUGUACAUGAUAUUCGUCAGAACAAACAGACCGUCAAAGAAGGCCUCUCUCAGAUCGUUCUGGAAGCUCAGAAAUCGGUGGGAUGGUACCAUGAUGAGUCGGACUCGGGCGUCCAAGAUGGAAAUGAUGGAAAGAAAGCCGGAUCGGUUGCUAUUCGGAGGCUGCUUCAUCAGUGAAAUCAAUAUUUUAAUAUGAAGUUAUUGUGAAGCCAGAAGGAAUCUGAUUGAGCAAAUCGGACAGCUGUUGUUUGAUUUGUUUUAGUCGGUUUUGAUUAACCAAAGAAGGGACAGAAAGUUGGACCAAAAUUAUGCCAUUGGAAACCUCUUUUUCUUUGAGAGGUACCAAAAGAAAAAAAAUGGUGCCUUAGCAUUUUGGUCGGCUGCCAUUUGUUUCUUUGAGACAUUAAGGACGUGGAUGGGGAAUCCUUAUCUCUUUUUUUCUUUUCAUUUCCAUUUUUUUUUAUAUAUUUCUUUGGGAGAAUGAUAUGGGAAUGAGAUGACCCCUUAGUCCUCCGAGAUAUAUACACGUAUAUAUAUAUAUAUAUAUGAGAAUUCAGGUAAUGAUGGGUUGGAUAGGAACCACAUUCUCAUCGUUAAUAGUAAAAAGUAAAAUGUUCUGUUUGGCUUCAAAGAGGAUAGAAGUUAGAACUACAGUGCGAUUUUGGAUUGGAUUUAACCCACAUGAAACUAUACCCUUUUCUUUUACUACCUUUGGAUUUAACUACAGUUCUAUGUUUGUCGUA